CCCAACACUACUCUUCAGACAUCAUUCAACACACUCGAUCAACACAUCACACAAUGGCAUUCAAGUUUGUGAUGGUACUCGCUUGCUUGGUAGCGGCCGCUAGCGCGGGAGUAGUCCCUGUCGCGCCGGCCUUCCACGCCGCUCCUGUGGCCUACGCCGCCGCCCCGGCUUACCACGCCGCCCCCGUUGCUAAGGCCGUCGAGGAGUACGAUGCGCACCCCCAGUACAGCUUCGCCUAUGACGUGCAGGACGGUUUGACCGGAGACUCCAAGACCCAGCACGAAACUCGCGACGGUGAUGUCGUACAGGGCUCCUACUCCGUGGUUGACCCCGACGGCACUAAGCGCACUGUCGAGUACACCGCCGACCCGCACAACGGAUUCAACGCUGUCGUUCACCGCGAGCCCGUUGCCGUGAAAGUUGCCGCCCCUGUGGUCGCUAAGGUCGGCCCCGUGGCCUACCACGCCGCCCCCGUGGCCUACCAAGCCGCCCCCGUGGCCUACCAGGCCGCCCCCGUGGCCUACCAGGCCGCCCCCGUGGCCUACCAGGCCGCCCCCGUGGCCAAGCUCGCAUACGCCGCCGCCCCCGUAGUGCACGCCGCCCCGGUUGCCAAGCUCGCCGCCCCAGUCGCCUACCACUCUGCCCCCGUCUACCACGCCGCUCCCGCCGCUUACUCUGCCCCUCUUUACCAUCACUAAGCGAUAGCAAUGCCAAAAUGUAGAAUUAAGUUUAAAUAUUAGCUGAUACUACGCUUAAAGUGUGAUUUAUCAUAGAAAAUAUAAUUAAAUUAUUAUUUUCUA